GCUAUAUUGGUUUUAGUUGUCCGACAUCAUCCAUGUCUAUCCUUCAUUCCUCCUUAGAUACCUCGCAAAAUUUGUCAAAGGUAGACUGACUAGAUCGUCCAUUACAUCGGACUCUUUGAGCUCAAUUGCUAGGCAGAUAGAUGACGAAAGUUUUCCCAUCCUGAACAAAAUCUAGCCCGAGUGGCUUUCCUCUUUGUCUUUCUUCUCUUCUCUUCAGAUGUUACCUUAAGUUCUCUUCAGUCCCUUUUCUUUCCUCUCUCCUUUGAACUUUUUGGGAGGAUUUAGAUUAUUGGUCAUUAUCUUUUCCUGUACCGGACCUAUACAGCGGAUAGGUGAACAUGGUAUACGGGGGGAAACCGAGCACAGGAUGCCACUUAUGCCGCAAACGGAAAAUCAAGUGUGAUGAAGCGCUACCCGGAUGCCGAAACUGCUCUGUAUACGGAAGGCCAUGUCCAGGUUAUCGACCAGACACAAUCUUCCGCAAUGAGAACCAGAAAGUGGCCCGACUGAUGAGGAAGAGAAGUAGCACCCCCCCUGACAGUCAACCCAGCAGUCGAAGCACCUCGGUUAGCCUUAGUCGGCAGGAAUCGCUACUACUUCUCCCCCACGUCGUCGACUCUACGUGGGAGGAACGAGCAGUCUGCCACUUUUUUGAUCAAUUCACGGUUGAUAGUGACGCGAGCGAUAUAUGUUUGAACCACCUGGGGUUUCUACCGUCACUGUAUGCUGCAUGUCGGGACAGCGGGCGAGACGACUCGGUAUCUUCCUGCCUGCGGCUGGCAACUGAGGCAACUGCUCUCAUUGCUCUGAGCAACCAGAUGAACGCGUCGCCACUUCUUCUCAAAGCAAGAGCGUAUUAUGGAAUGGCGCUUCAUGAGCUUCGGAACAUUCUGAGCUCACGAUCCCAGGCAGUGAAGGACGAGACCUUCGCGACCAUGGUCAUCCUCUCCAUCUUUGAAGAUAUCUCUGGAGAACGGACUGGACUCGCUAGCUCACACACAAAGGGGUUUGGGUUUCUAAUGAAGCUGCGAGGAGAAGGUCAACUCAGUCAUGCACAAGGUCGCGACCUAUUCAUCUGUGCUUAUGUGCAUACUCUUAUUGAGAACAUAGUUUUGCGAGCAAAUAUACGGUACAGCAGUGCUGAUCUUAUUUUCGGGCAGCUUGACCCUUCGGAACCGGUGCCUCGAUUAAUGAUAACGGCAACGAAGAUUGGUCAUCUGUUCGCCGAGAGUUCUUCUGGUCAGGGAUCAUCAGAGGUAGAUACCGUUACGCAAAUUACCGGGUGGAUCGAAACCGGCCGCCUGCUAGCCCUGGAAAUGGCUGACUGGGGCCAACAUUUGCCAGACAAUUGGCUCCCCCUCGUCGUCCAUACCCGGACGGGUGAAUCAUUUCUGACUUAUCAGAAUAUAUCUAUUGCAGCAAUCUGGACUUAUUACCGCGCGGCACGGAUUGCCCUCCAAAGACAUAUGCUUGAUCUACGCGAUACACUUGCUUCAAUCGUCAAUGACAGCCAGACCGUACAACGUGAAGCGGCGCUAGAGGAGAUUGAAGAAUUGACCACGGACACCUGUCGGGCAAUCCCCUUCUCUCUGGGGGACAUUGAUGCACUGGGGAAGCCGAUUCCAGCUUCUAUAGAGGGACGGCCUCCCGUCCGCGCCAUCUACGGGUAUCUGAUGCAGUGGCCGCUGUGGUACGUGUUAACGUUCGGCCUAGGAACCGCGGCACAGAUGGAGCAGAUUCGAAGCUCUCUGAGCCGGGUCGGUUCGGUACUGGGUAUCAAACUGGCGCUUGUACUAGCGCAGCAUGGCAGCGUUUCCGGACAUACAGCUGCGUUGACGCCAAAUUCUUUCCAGUUAAUGCCAUCGAUGGGCGAGGUCUCUUGCAUAUGAAGCCUGUCGUUGACUAUAUAUGUUUUAUGACUACCAUGUAUGAUGUCUACGGGUUGUGGUGCUAUUAGCGGAUGGGAUUGAUCGGCUCUCUUCUCCUGUAUAAUGAGCUGAUACUAUUUAUGUAUGUACUAUUUUAAUGGAGUAUGUUUCUUUUUGCUCUAGCUUUUCCUCAAAGUGGACCCUGUAU